AGCUAUCGAUCUCAUCUAAUGAUGAAACCUAGAAUGAGUCAACGAGAUUAAGCAACAAAAUCAUCUACACCAAAAUAUUUUACAAACAAAAUUGUCCUUUAUAUACAGCCAUACUUCAUGCGUUCCAGUCAUUGUGCGUAUGAAGGUAUUAAUUAAAGAAAGCCCUGUUAUUUUUUUGUUUCAUCCUUUCUUUGCAUCAGUUUACACGGACAAUGGCUAUGUCUUCUUCUUCUUCCCGUGUCUUUCUGAAAAAAUACGAUGUUUUUAUUAGUUUUAGGGGUGAAGACACCAGAAAUAACUUCACCCAUGAUCUGUAUUCUGCUCUGAGAAAGGAGAAUAUCAUAGCCUACAUAGAUAAUCAGCUAGAAAGAGGAGAUGAUAUUUGGCCAGCACUUGUCAAAGCAAUCAAGGACUCCGUGAUAGCUGUUGUGGUGUUCUCAGAAAGAUACGCUACUUCAAGGUGGUGUCUGCAAGAACUCGCCCAAAUAAUGGAAUGCAGAAGACUAGGGGGUCUGGCUGUUAUACCAGUGUUCUACAAAACAAAUCCAACAGACGUAAGGAAGCAGACUGGGAGUUACCAGAAACCAUUUGAUGACCAUGACAAAAGAGAAGAGCAAGACAAAGUGGAAAGUUGGAGAGAUGCUCUUACUCAAGCAGCCAAUAUUUCUGGAUGGGAAUCAAGAACCCAAGGGGACAACUCUCAAGUCAUAGAAAACCUUGUUAAGAAUGUUUGGGGAAAGCUGCGCUCAAUGGAAAAUGAUUAUCAAGAAGGCCUUGUUUUAAUUGACGAACAGUGUGAAGCCAUUGAAGGUUCCUCAGGAAAACUUGGAAGAAUUGGACUUUGGGGCAUGGGGGGAACAGGUAAGACCACCAUUGCUAAAGCCUUGUUUGCCAACCACUCCCCCGAAUAUGACAGCGUAUGCUUCUUGAAGGACAUAAGAGAAGAAUCACAAAUUCACGGACUAGCACAUAUUCGUGAUAAGCUUCUCUUUGAUCUGCUAAAGGACGUGGUGGUUGCAGUAGUGAGUUUGACGGUGAUGGAGAUUGGAGAGGAUAGAGAGAGGAAGAUGAAGGGCUUUACUACCCCACAUUUUUAUUCCAAAAAUAUUAAAUUCUGGCAAUCUGAAUUGAGAAACUUGGAGCUCAGGAGAAAAUCCUUCAAGGAAAUUCAAGACGUGUUUAAAGUGAGUUAUCAUGGAUUAUCAAGGCAAGAGCAGGCAAUAUUUCUGGACAUUGCUAUCUUUUUCAAAGACCGGAAUCAAGAUUCUGUCAUAAGUAUACUAGAUGCCUGUGGUUUCAAUGCUGCUAGUGGAAUAGAAAAACUUAAAGAUAAAGCUCUUAUAACUAUAUCAAAGACCAAUACUAUACAAAUGCUUGACUUUCUACAAGACAUGGCUUUUGAUAUAGUUAGAAAUGAUGUAACAGACCCUAGAAGAGGCACCAUAUUGAUGAAUGAUGAUUGUCUUCAGCUCUGCAGCUCCGAGGGAACUCCACAAGUCGUUGAAGGAGCAUUGUUAAAUUUGUCUCGGAGUAGUCAUAGAUAUAAAUUCAAUGAUGAAAUGUUCAGCUUACCUAAAUUAAGAAUUCUUAAGUUUUAUGUCGGCUCUGUCAUGUCAACCCAUAUCUCUUUCAGCAAAUCAGAAAACGAAUAUGACUCUUACAGGGACUAUUACCAUUAUGACUAUCAGCUACCUGGUUCUGCUGAAUUGAAGUAUUUUGAGUGGGCUGGAUACCCUUCCAAGUCUCUUCCUAUAACUUUUUGUGUCAAGUUUCUUGUUGAGUUUCGGAUGCCGUACAGUCAUGUUGAAGAACUUUGGGAUGGGACACAGAACCUUGUGAAUUUGGAGACAAUUGACCUUAGUGAAUGCAAAAAGUUAAGGAAGCUCCCUGACUUGUACAAAGCCUCAAAACUCAAAUGGGUAAAUCUCACGGGAUGUGAAAGUUUGCAGGUCCUUCAUCCAUCGCUUUUAUCUGUGGACACACUAGUUACUUUGACACUGGAUAGAUGCAAAAAACUAGAGAGUGUUAUGAGUGAACAACAUUUGAGCAAGCUGCAGAACCUCAACUUGAAUGACUGUCAAAAUCUCAAGGAAUUUUCAGUGUCGUCAGAUUCAAUUAAGUUGUUGGAUUUAAGCAAGACAAGAGUCAGACAAUUGUAUCCAUCAAUCGGUCGACUUAGCGAUCUUUUAUGGCUUAGUCUAGAAGAUUUGGAUUUGGAGAAUCUUCCUGAUGAGUUAUCAUGCCUGACAUCUCUUGAGGAGCUAAGGAUUUCUGACUGUGGAGUAAUUGAUAAAGAGAAGCUACAUGUCAUAUUUGCUGGCUUAGGAUCCUUAAAAGUGCUACAUCUAAAGGAUUGUUAUCGUAAGUUUGAACUCCCAGACAACAUCAGUGCCUUGUCAUCAUUACAAGAAUUAAGGCUGGAUGGAAGCUGAAGAAGUUGCCUACAAGCAUCAAGCUUCUUGAAAAUCUCGAGAUUCUCUCGUUAGCGAGAUGUAGGGAGCUUGAGUCUCUACCUGAGCUUCCGUUGUUGAUCAAGGAGCUUAACGCCGACGAUUGUACAUCAUUAGAGACAGUAUGCACUUUAAAGACUUUUUCAGUGAAGAUGAAAGGAAUAGAGAAACACAUAUCAUUCAUGAAUUCAAUUGGACUGAGUAUAUCUUCAAUCCACCAGAUUAUGGAGGAUGCCAUGUUUACAAUGAAGAGGGCUGAAUUGUGCAAUGUAUUUGUAAGAAGCAGUUUUGCGGUUUGCUUUCCAGGAGGCGGUGUUCCCUCAGUGCCAGAGUCAUCAUUCAUCACAUAUCAAAGCACAGGGUCAUCAAUUACCAUUAAUGAACCUCAUGACCAAAGUUUGUCGCACCGCUGUCUGGGCACCAUUUAUUGUGUGCUUCUUUUUUCAUCCUCUGGAAGUACAGUCUGGGAUACUAAAAUCCAAUGCCAAAUCUACGGGAAAGAUGGAGAAUGCAAGAUGACUACAUGGUUUCCCGAAUACAUCGGGCUACCUAGAGUUGAGCAUGUUUUUCUAUGGCAUGGUCCUAGUGUUGAUGAUGCACAAGUUUUUGAGUUCCUUGUUACACCUGAUACUGGGCUCAGAAUAGAAGAGUGUGGGAUUUACCAUAUGUGUUACUUGAAUUCUGAGCUUGAGAGACUUAUAGGGGAAGCAGAAAUGGAACCGGAAUUCAAGUCAGAGUUGGGAGACGGAGUGGAUGCAAUCGCCGCUGGACUUGCGAGAGAACUAUAAUCACUAAUUUGUCCUAGAGCAAUGGGGGAAUCUUCAGCUUGGGAUAGAGGUUGUCGGAAAGUGGCGUGUGAAGUGGAUUCCAUGGAGCUGUUGCAGCUGCUUCAGAGGCGUGAGAAUGGGAAUGUCUUUCUUAUUGCUAUGGAGAUUUGGAGCUAUGUAGACCGGGAGGGGGAGCUGUCCUUGUGUCGUAUCUCGCGGGAGUGCAAUUCAGUGGCGGAUCACAUUGCGAGAUGAUAAUGAUGAUUCAAAUCAAAAAGAUGAUGGUGGUGGUGAGCGGCAAGUGGAUGUAUCUUUUUCUAAGAUAACAUUUAUCAUUUUGAAUUUAGAAGAUGAUGAUUGAAUCACUAGAGAGAUUUGGUUCAAUUAUCUUUGAUGUAUAAGAAUAUGUCAUUUGUAUUUUACUUAAUUGUAUUGUGGUUUAAGAUAAUUAAACAAAAACAAAUUUGUGGUUUUGUUGUUAAAGACAUAUAAGUC